AUGGAUCGCAAGCGCGCACAUGAGGCCGUGCUCCUGGUGACGGGCGCCUGGCACGUUCCGGGUCACUAUCGCAAACUGAUCAACAGCCUCGAGUCGAGAGGGAUCCGGACCAUCUGCCCCACCCUCCCAACAAACAACAACGUGGUGCCCCCCAACAAGACUUUUGGGGACGACGUCAAGCUCAUCCGGGACAUCACGGCGUCGGAGGUCGCCAAGGGCACCCGGCUCACCGUCGUCGCUCAUUCUUAUGGAGGGGCCGUGUCGACCGCUGCCCUGGGCGACUUUGCAGUCAAGGGUGACACAAAGAAGGGCGGGGUCGUGGAUAUCCUCUACGUGACCGCGUGCCCCCCGAACGAAGGACAGUCCAUGGCGAGCAUGUUCGGCGGCGUCCUCCCGCCGAUGUUCCAUGCCCAGCCCGACGGCACGCUGCAGAUGGACAACCCGGAGUACUACUUCUUCAACGACCUGCCGGACGAGGAGACCAAGAAGGCGGUGGGCAUGCUGGUGGCCCACCAGGUGGAUGCGCAGUUCGCGACCGUCGACUGUCCUCCCGGCAAGGCGGCCUUCAGGGUGAUCCCCACGAGCUAUCUGGUCUGCGAGGGGGACACCGCCAUGCUGCCCCAGUUCCAGGAGAUGAGCAUUGCGAGGCUGGGGAGCGAGGGCGUUGACGUCCGGGUGUUCCGGUGCAGCGGGGGCCACAAUGCAUUCAUGAGUGUGCCUGAAGAAGUCACCGAGGUUGUUCUCAAGAUGUUGAAAUCUCGACGAGGCCACUGA